GGCCGUUUGAAUUUCUUCCUUGGAGUCUAGUCUCGCGAUCACGGGCUUCCGGCGGAGAGUUGGUUGUUUGCAGCUUGCAAUCCAGCUAGGCUGAAAGGAUGGCCUCAGAUCUGGAACAGUUAUGCUCUCAUGUUAAUGAAAAGAUUGGCAAUAUUAAGAAAACUCUGUCAUUAAGAAACUGUGGUCAAGAACCUACCUUGAAGACUAUAUUAAAUAAAACAGGAGAUGACAUCAUUAUAGUAAAUGAACUUCUAAAUAAAUUGGAAUUGGAAAUUCAGUAUCAAGAACAAAUGAACAGUUCACUCAAGGAACUCUGUGAGUCUCUUGAAGAAGAUUACAAAGAUGUGGAACAUCUGGAAGAAAACAUUCCCUCCCAUUUGCCUCCAGUAACAGUAACCCAAAGCUCUGUGAAGGGGUCAGAUCUUGACUCUGAAGAACCACUCAAAGUUGUGGAACCUGCACCCACAAAGAAGCCCCCAAAAGAACAAAGAAGUAUUAAAGAAAUACCAUUUAUCACUUGUGAUGAGUUUAAUGGUAUUCCUGCGUACAUGAAAUCUCGUUUAACCUAUUGUAAAAUUAAUGAAGUUAUUGAAGAAAUCAACAAGGCAGUAAUUAGUAAAUAUAAGAUUCUACAUCAACCAAAAAAGUCUAUGAAUUCUGUGGCCAGAAAUCUCUAUCAUAGAUUUAUUGAUCAAGAAACGAAAGAUACCAAAGGUCAUUAUUUUAUAGUGGAAGCUGACAUAAAGGAGUUCACGACUUUGAAAGUUGACAAGAAGUUUCACAUGUUACUGAAUAUCUUACGACACUGCCGGAGGCUAUCAGAGGUCCGAGGGGGAGGACUUACCCGUUAUGUUAUAACCUGAGGCCCUUGUGAGCUUUUGAACAGACCAACAGUGAGGUUAUAGAGGCUGUUUCUAAGGUUUUCUUAUAUAUAAUUUGUUUAGCUUUUUCAUUUUCUAUUUUUGUUUCUUUUUUGAAUAAAGCUUAUAUAUUUUCAAGAUUCACUUCCUUUCAGCAAAUAUUUAGCAACCUGACAUAUAAGCCUCUGUACUAGGCAUAUAAUCAAACUAAAAAAUGCUCAUAUCUAUUUUUUGUGUUUAGUGGACAAUGAUACAGACCCCAAUAAGACAGGUACAGAUGUGAUACUGGAAGGGAGAAGUCAAGAAGAUAUGGUCAAAGAUACACAGGCCCUUGGAAUUAAAGGUGACUAGGGUCUAGAUUCCAUAGAUAGCAUUUCUGUGUAUAAGGCAUGGUAGAUUAACUCAGUGUCCAGCCCGUCUCCCAUCUGUGUCAUCAUAGCAAGUUUUCAAACCUGAGGAGGGAGUUGUGGGAACCCCCAUUUGUAUCCAAGUUGGACAGAAAUGUGAGUAUCCUGGGUACCUACUCAUGAUUGGUGUUUGAAGUGGGAUGCAGCCUUGUGAGACUGAACCCUUAAUCUGUGGGGUCUGUACUAACUCCAGGUAGUUAGUGUCAUCAUUUUGUUGGCUACCCAGUUGGUGUCCAGAGAGUUGGAGAAUUGGUUGGUAUGGGGGAAAAAAACCUCACAUGUUUAGUGUCAGAAGUAUUAUAUGAAUGUAGUACAGAAGAAAACAGAGCUUUUCCUUUUUAGAUAAAAAAGAUGAUG